AUGCCUUUCCGCUCAUUCACCAGCGGCGUCAGCUCGUUAAGGCCUGUCGCACCGGCACUGAGGCUGAAUUCUCAAACGACGUUGAGAACACAUCACAAGCAACAGUUUCGCAUCCUUCGGUCCGCUGCUCUUCAGCACUCUACGCGCCCAAUUCCUUCGCGAGUACACGUCGCUUAUCUACGAUCGUUUACGAACUUUAUAACAUCCACAAACGGCUUCAACCCCAGAUAUCGAGCUAUGGCUGCCAUCACCAAAACACAGACCCGGUCUCAUGGGGGGCAUUCGCAUCAUCAUCACCAUGACAAUUCAUUUCUUACGUCGACGAACAAGCAGGACCCGGGGGUGCGGAUCACUCGCAUUGGAUUAUACUCGAACUUGGGCAUGGCACUGGCGAAGGGCGUUGGAGGAUACGCGUUCAAUUCACAAGCAAUGAUUGCUGAUGCGUGGCAUAGCUUGACAGAUUUGGCCAGCGACAUUUUAACUCUGGCGACGGUGUCAUGGAGUUUGAAACCCCCUACAGAAAUGUUUCCAACUGGUUUUGGAAAGAUAGAAAGCUUGGGUUCCUUGGGUGUCAGUGGUAUGCUGUUGUUCGGCGGAUGCUUCAUGUGUCUGAAUAGCUGCGAGAUUCUAUAUGCACAUUUCUUCCUAGACGCUGCCGCGGCAGCAGAGGUAGCAAUGCAUGGACACGGUCACAGUCACGGCCACAGUCAUAGUCAUGCUGUAGACGGACCAAGUCUUCACGCGGCAUGGCUAGCUGCAGGAACUGUAGUCUUGAAAGAGUGGUUAUACCAAGCAACCAUGAAAGUUGCAAAGGAACGAAAAUCCUCUGUCCUUGCCUCCAAUGCCAUCCACCACCGAGUCGACUCUCUUACCGGCAUUGUCACGCUCUUCGCUAUCCUCGGCGCGAACUUCCUCCAGAAUGCAGCGUGGUUGGAUCCGAUCGGUGGACUUUUAAUAUCUCUUCUUGUUAUCAAGGGCGGAUGGGGCAACACAGUUUCCGCGCUCUACGAACUGGCGGAUAAGGGCAUUGACGAAGAAACCAAAGCAUCGAUCACUAAAGCCGCGAAGAAGAGCAUAGAUUCAUUAGCUCAAGGAUCGCAGGUGGAACUACGAGAGGUUGAGGGUGUCAAAUCUGGACAGAAUUAUCUUGUUGAUGUACAACUGGCUGUACCAAACACAUGGACGGUGGAAGACAUGAGAGAGGUAGAAGAGGGGCUCAGACAGAGAGUUGGGACGAAGGUUCGUGGGGUUCGCCGGGUGAAGGUCCGCUUCGUGCCAAAAGAUGACGAUAAAGCGACGCUCUUCGACGAAUUCAUCCCGGGAGAUUUGAGCCAAAGAUCCAGCCCAGAACCAGAAGAGCACGACCAUGAUCACGACCACGACCACAGCCACGACCAAACACAUAGAAAUGGCGUAAAUGGUAAAAAGGGUCAAUAA